AUGGCGUCAGCCAUGGUAGAUCAUCCGUACUAUCCGCGCGACAUCGUCGUCCCUAAUUACUCCCCCUCAGGAUGGUCCGUCGAAGCGCUCUUCGGUGUCUUCGGAGCGGCCGUAGUUCUCGUGAUCGUCGUCUCGUGGCUUUUCACCCGAUCCUGCCGCCACAUGUCGGCUCUGGAUAGGGCCAUCUUCUGCUGGUGGGCCGUGACGGGGUCGAUCCAUGUGGUGCUGGAAGGCACAUUCGUUGCGUUCCCGGACCUCAUGAGCAGCACCAGCAACGCUUUCCUGCUAGAUGCGUGGAAGGAGUACAGCAAGGCGGACUCGCGCUAUGCCACGCGAGACGGCUGUGUGCUCUCUGUUGAGGCGGUCACUGCUUUCAUCGAAGGGCCUGCCUGCUUCCUCAUCCUGUACGCCAUGGCAUCUCGGCGGCCCUUCUCUCCGCUCCUCCAAUUCGCAGUCUCCCUCGGCCAGCUGUACGGCGACGUCAUCUAUUUCGCGACGAGCUUCCUGGAAGGCUCCAAGCACUGCCACCCGGACCCAAUCUACUUCUGGGGGUACUUCAUAGCGAUGAACGCAAUCUGGAUUGUGGUCCCCUUGGCCAUCAUCUGCCACUGCUGGGGCCAGAUCACUGCAGCUACGACAGCUGCCUAUGCAGCUGGGGGGAGUGGUAUCAGUGGUGGUAGCGGGGGGAUGAAUGGGGCAGUGAAGAGCAG